CAAAGUGAGGCCUUAUGCACUAAGAAACACCAUGUUAUUGGUUGUUCAAAUCCAAGUAUAAAACACUCUGGCAAUUUCACUUAGAUCAACCUGUCCUCAUAGUAUGGUAAUAGUAUAACAUUAUUGUUCUUCUAGAUUUUGAAUAAUACUGAAUUUUUUCAUAGUCUCUUAAUAUUGUUUAUGUUGCAGGUUUGAAAAUUUGAGUAUGAGCAAAGAAAUGAGAAAUAACAACACUUCUGCUCUCAAAGAGGAAGAUAACAUAAGGGAAGUUGAUAAUACGAAUCUCUUAGAAGAUACUAGUGACCAUGUACAUGAGGUGUUGCGAGAAGAAAAUAAGAAUGUACCAACAUCAUCUUUAACCAAAGAUAUACCGCAAGAUGUUCAUGAUGCAGAUGAUGAUGAUGUAAGAGGGAAGAAAACUCAAACCAUUUUGAUAGCUGACGCCAGUGAUGCUUAUGACAUAAAUAUGAAAAACCAAAUGCAUCCAAAAGGUGAAGUGGAAAAUGUAAAGGAGAAAGCACCAACUGAACUUGGACAAGUUUCGAUGCAAGAAGAAAUUCACAGAGAACAUGUGGAAGAGAAAACUCAAUUGAUUUCAACAGCUAUAUUUGCAAAUGGUGGUUAUGAAACAAGGGACACUAUAACAAGGUUAAGUACUGAAUCAAACCCUGAUAAUCUAAACAUCACUUCUCAGAUGCAAAAAUCACCAAGUUUCAAUCUCAACCUCCGAAUCGAACCAAGGCAAGAAGAAUCGGAUCAAAUUCCGUUGCUUUGUACGUCCGUAAAUGAUAGCUUGUCAAACAAGUUAAGUCAAAAUCUUAGUAACUCAAUGCCUCAUGAUGAAGAUGAUCACAUCGAAGAGAAAAUAGUUACUAUGGAAAGAAGUUACUCGAAAUCUUCAUUCAUUGGUUUUUCGAAAGGAGAAGAAAAAGCAACCGCUGAUCUUCUAGUCACGGAACAGACACAAGAUAACAAUGCUGGUUCAAAGAUGGAAGUGUUGUCAUCUACUUCACCUAAAGGAAAAGAAAAGCACAAGUCUAUGUCUUACUUCUUCACCAGCUGCAUGUCUUGUGCAACUUUGCCAAAUUAAAACUUUUAGAAUCUCACUUUUAUUUUUUUAUUUUGAGUUUCUUUCUGAUUUAUUUUUCUUGAAGUAAUGAUUUGAUGUGGAGAGAAUAUUGCUUGCUUGGUGUCUAUUCCAACCUCAACUCGGUUGUACUACUUUUCUGAGGUAUUGCGUGUUUUUGGUGUUAUUUAAGCCAUUACGGUUUUGUGGACCGAAAUGAAUUUAUUUGAUUCAAUUUUCAAACAA